UCACAGCUUGAUUUCAUCACUUUCCACAUAUACAUUACGUCUGGAGCCCAAAGGUUCCAGGCACCGCAUCCACGUCCAGGAAGCCUCCUUCGGCCGCGGAAUGGUGGACUACGAGGCGGAGGACCUGCGGGCCUUCGAGAGUCGACUGGCGGAGGUGGUGACCACCGCCGAGAAGCCGAGCUCCUUCCGCUGGCGCCUCGUCCUGGGAGCGAUCUUCGCCUGCUCGGCGAUCAGCGCCUGCCACUGGUGGCGGGACGCCAAGGUCAGCGAGUCGCUGCUGUUCCGCAUCCUCUCCAGCCACAGCGCCUUCGCCUUCUCCCUGGCCACCAUGUGCCUGCUCAUCAUCUACGGCCUCAACCACGCCGCCAAGCAGGACCCCGAAAUCCUGCGGGACACCCGCGAGAUGCUGUCCCCCUUCCGCCUCAGCUGCGACCACCGGGGUCGCCUCAUCCCGAUCCCACAGCCAUCCACCGAGUAGCUGGACUCCCAUCCACGAAUCACCCACGAAUCACACUCACACUUUGACACAAUGUUGCAAUGGUUGCCAGUCAAGUGAACUGUCCCGGUAAAAGAUCCUUCUGGGAACAUGGAACUAAAUACUUAACUCACUUUACUCGUUUCACAACUACACAAACACAGCGUCAAAUUUCUAACGUUUCAAAAAAAGAACGCUAUUUAACGCUAUAUUCAACAUAUAGAAAGACCAAAGUUUAGUGUGCAAAAAAAGUUACUCUUUGACCAUUUAUCUU